UAAGAAAACAAAAAUAAAAAGCAGAAAAAACAGCAGCAAAUCUGGAGGCACAGGUCUGAGCUCUGCCUUCACCUUCACCCUCCCCCAGGUGGGCGGGGAGAUCCUCCCAGAUCAGGCUGGGUGCUCAGGGGAGGUCAGCCACAGUCAGGGGCAGUCAGUGAUCCAGAGGACACUGCACCAUGAGUGUCUCUGCACUGAGCCCCUCCAGAGCCCUGGGCGGGGUCUUUGGGCUCCUGCAGGUGGUCUCCCUGCUCGGCCUGGUUCUGCUUCUGCUCAAGGUGGCACAGCUCUACCUGCGCAGACAGUGGCUGCUCAAAGCCCUUCAUCACUUCCCGUCUCCUCCUUCCCACUGGUUCUAUGGACACAAGCGGGAGUUCCAAGAGGACAGUGAGCUGCCACACCUACUGGAAAGGCUAGAGAAAUACCCAAGAGCCUGUGUUCGCUGGAUGUGGGGCACAAGGGCCCUUGUAUUGCUCUACGACCCUGACUACAUGAAGAUGGUCCUGGGGAGAUCAGACCCAAAGGCUCAAGUUAUCUAUAGACAACUGAAGCCCUGGAUUGGGAAAGGUUUGCUGCUGUUGGAGGGACAGACGUGGUUCCAGCACCGGCGGAUGCUGACCCCAGCCUUCCACUAUGACAUCCUGAAGCCCUACGUGGGACUCAUGGCCGACUCUGUCCGAGUGAUGCUGGACAAGUGGGAAAAGCUCGUCAGCCAGGACUCACAUCUGGAGAUCUUUGGACAUGUCUCCUCAAUGACCCUGGACACCAUCAUGAAAUGUGCCUUCGGCCACCAGGGCAGGGUCCAGAUGGACAGGCUGACACCUGAAGGCCGCUGGUACCACCGGGCCUGCCAUAUCGCCCAUCAACACACAGACGCAGUGAUCAAGGAGAGGAAGGCUCACCUGCAGAAGGAGGGAGAGCUGGAGAAGGUGAGGAGCAGGAGGCACUUGGACUUCCUGGACAUCCUCCUCUUUGCCAGAAUGGAGAAUGUGAGCAGCUUGUCGAACGAGGACCUCCGUGCCGAGGUGGACACAUUCAUGUUCGAGGGUCAUGACACCACAGCCAGUGGCAUCUCCUGGAUCCUCUAUGCUCUAGCCUCCCACCCUGAGCAUCAGCAGAGGUGUCGGGAAGAGAUCCAAAGCCUCCUGGGGGGUGGCACCUCCAUCACCUGGGACCAUCUGGACCAGAUGCCCUACACCACCAUGUGCAUCAAGGAGGCACUAAGACUCUAUCCACCAGUGCCAAUCAUCAGCAGAGAGCUUAGCAAGCCCAUCACUUUCCCUGAUGGACGCUCCUUACCUGCAGGAAUCUUAGUCUCCCUCUCUUUUUAUGGGCUUCAUCACAACCCGAAGGUGUGGCCGAACCCAGAGGUGUUUGACCCAACCCGGUUUGCACCAGGUUCUACUCGACACAGCCAUGCCUUCCUGCCCUUCUCAGGAGGACCCAGGAACUGCAUCGGGAAGCAGUUUGCCAUGAAUGAGUUGAAGGUGGCUGUGGCCCUGACCUUGCUUCGCUUUGAGCUGUCACCGGAUCCCUCCAGGGUCCCUGUACCCAUGCCAGUCCUUGUGCUGAAAUCCAAAAAUGGGAUCCACCUGCAGCUCAGGAAGCUGUCUGAUCCAAGUGGGGACAAGGACAAGCUCUGA